AUGGCUCCACAAUCCUUCACGAUCCCUGUAUUCCACCCCGCCGCCAAGGUGCGCUUUAAUGUUGAACUACCUGAACUGCCGAAUGAGGUCAUUCCGACGCCAUCCUUCAUCGACCGGCAAUCCUUCCUCAGCUACUUCGGCGCAUACGAAAAUAUGUCAUCUGCGAUGGAGAUAUCCACCUGUGAUUCCUAUUGGGCGCCGAGUCUCGUCUAG